CAACAAUUUUUAUGUUCGUGAUUGGAUUUGGCGCGAAGUGUGAAGAUGGAAGGUGGAGGGUCUACGGGGACCUCCGAGGUCUACCAAUAUGUUGGACCUUUCAGGCUGGAGAAGACCUUGGGAAAGGGGCAGACAGGUCUCGUGAAAUUGGGCGUGCAUUGCGUGACAGGCAAGAAGGUGGCUAUCAAAAUUAUCAACAGAGAGAAACUCAGCGAGUCUGUGCUCAUGAAGGUGGAAAGAGAAAUAGCAAUUAUGAAGUUGAUAGAACAUCCACACGUUUUGGGACUGUCCGAUGUUUACGAGAAUAAGAAAUAUUUAUAUUUAGUAUUAGAGCACGUGAGCGGUGGCGAGCUAUUCGACUAUUUGGUGAAGAAAGGCCGACUUACGCCGAAGGAGGCGCGAAGAUUCUUCAGGCAAAUUAUAUCUGCACUCGAUUUCUGUCACAGUCACUCUAUAUGCCACCGUGACCUGAAGCCUGAAAACUUACUUUUGGACGAGCGGAAUAAUAUAAAAAUAGCUGAUUUCGGCAUGGCAUCCCUGCAGCCGGCGGGGUCAUUGCUGGAGACAUCUUGUGGCAGUCCGCAUUACGCUUGCCCGGAAGUUAUUAGGGGGGAGAAAUAUGAUGGUCGGCGAGCCGAUGUUUGGUCCUGUGGGGUCAUUUUAUACGCACUGCUGGUCGGUGCAUUGCCCUUCGAUGAUGAUAAUUUACGUCAAUUACUUGAAAAGGUAAAACGUGGCGUGUUCCAUGUGCCACAUUUUGUACCGCCGGACUGCCAACAGUUGCUGCGAGGCAUGAUCGAAGUUAACCCCGAGAAACGAAUGACGCUGGCAGAAAUCACACGACACCCCUGGGUAACAGCCGGCGGCCGAGGGGAGUUAGAACAAGAGCUCCCGAUGAUGGAGGUGGUGCAAACCAGGGUGCUACCUUCAGCAGAAGCCAUAGACCCUGACGUGCUGCAGGCUAUCUGCAGUCUGGGCUGCUUUAAGCAGAGGGAGAAACUUAUACAGGAGUUGUUAAGUCCACACCACAACACAGAGAAAGUGAUCUACUUCCUCCUAUUGGAGCGCAAGCGGCGGCGCCCCGCGCGCGACGACGAGCCGCGCCCCGCCGCGCCCGCGCUGCCGCCGGACCCGCCGCGCAAGCGACUCGACACCUGCCGGGUAAACGGACAAUCGGCACAUUUCGGUCAAAUCAGCGAGGGUUCGCCGAUAACGCCCCGGAGAUCUCAGUAUAGGUCCGCGUCGGGACGCCGGGGGGAGGGCCGGAGCUCCCCGCAGCUGCCCGCCAGUCCGCCUACGGGACACACUCCACAUCGGGUGUCAUCUCUGGGAGGAACGCCUGCAACACCUGGAUCGCCCUUGGCGUCACCAUCAGUUCGUGAGCAUCAUCACCAGAGAGCUAACUCUACUGGACCUACAAUAAGCCUUAAUAUUAGUGGUGAACCCGGCGAGGCGGUGAUCAUAAUAAACGAGUCGCCGCUCCUGGGCGCCGGCGUCGCCGUGCGCCCGCACAGCCCCUCGCAGACGCAUCGAGUGAGAGAAAGAUCGUCUCUGCCCGGACCACCUAGCACUACGCAAUCGGCCGCGCAACCUUCUCUAUUCCCCAAUCUAGGAACUAUAACUACCCCAGGCACCGGGCCGGGCGGGGCGGCGGCGCCGUGGCGCGUGCGGCUGGCGACCAUCAAGAACUCCUUCCUCGGCUCGCCGCGCUUCCACAGGAGGAAAAUGCAGACAUCAUCAGAAGAGGUCCAUUUAACUCCGGAGUCCUCGCCCGAGCUGACCAAGCGGUCGUGGUUCGGUUCCCUCCUCCUGUCCGCGGAUAAGGAGGAAACCUUCACAGCUCUGGUGAAAGGGAAACCCCUGGCUACCGUCAAAGCUGAUCUUAUACAUGCGUUUUUGAGUAUAGCAGAAUUAUCCCACAGCGUGUUAAGUCCCAUGUCGUUUCGCGUCGAAUACAAGAGAGGAUCUAACGCGCCCGCCAUGUUCCAGAGACACGUGAGAUUUCAGGUGGACAUUUCAACAAUAACGAAGGCGCCAGGAGAGAACGGGAAGGAGUAUUUAUAUGCUAUUACUUUUACAUUAUUGUCUGGUAAUAUCCGUCGUUUCCGUCGUGUAUGCGAAGUGGUGCAGUCAGCAGUAUGUCGUGCUCCGGGCGCCGGCCGCGCGCCCGCGCUGCACCCGCCCGAACCCAGAGCUGUGAGGAGGAAUAUACAUCCACAUGCGGCUGGCGAAAUACCCGACAGUCCAGAAACUCCACAUCAACAGUCCGACCACGACAGUGAUUCUUCAGUAUUCGACACUGUGAAGAGCCCAACUAGCCACACUUCUAUAGACCAAUUGGAUCAGAAUGGGACACAUCCACUCGGGUCCAGCUCAUCUGUAACAAGUGGUUCCAGUGGAUACAAACAGGGGGGACGCGGCAGACGCGGCGCUGACCCGGCCUCCGCCUCCCUCGACCACGAGAUUAUGAGUUGCGGCCGAGAUCUGCCAGGCACCCACACAAAGCGUUCCUCCUCCGAAUGCAGGGAGGCAACCUCCUCCCCCCGCCGGGGGCUCGAGUCUCGAGACAGCUCGAUCAAGGACGAACUCCGACGGAACAACUCCUUGCGUGACAAUCGCCGCGAUGUUGCACCUCCUACCACUUCGAUUGCGUGAGAGUAAACUGUUUAAACUGUGGAAGUAUGUCUUGGGGACCUCUGAGGACUAAAGUUGGGGACUUUGGGGGAUUAAAAGUCUGGCAGUUGAGGACAAUGUUUUUUUUUUGUGUUUUUGGAGGGUGAAAUUGAGGUGAGUUUUUAGCUUGUUUUAACAA